GGAUAUCCGGCGCAGUCGCUGGCUGACGUGUCCUUACUGGCGGGGUAAGAGUAGCUGCUGGAGCUGGGACAGUCAGUGAGCUGGAUACCGGCACGAUGAAGUUCUUGUUUCUCGCGUUUUUGGGUCUCCUGGUAGUUGUCCAGUGUGAAGAAGGAGCCAGGUUACUGGCUUCAAAGUCUCUUCUCAAUAGAUAUGCUGUAGAAGGGAAAGACUUGACUCUGCAAUAUAAUAUCUACAAUGUAGGAUCCAGUGCUGCCUUGGAAGUGGAGCUGUCAGAUGAUUCCUUCCCUCCGGAAGACUUUGGAAUAGUGUCCGGUAUGCUGAAUGUUAAAUGGGACAGAAUUGCACCUGCAAGCAACGUAUCCCACACCGUGGUACUGAGACCACUGAAAGCUGGCUAUUUUAACUUCACAUCUGCCACAGUUGCCUACCUGGCCCAGGAAGGAGCACAAGUAGUGGUUGGUUACACCAGUGCGCCUGGACAAGGAGGCAUACUGGCCCAGCGUGAAUUUGACCGGCGAUUCUCUCCUCACUUUCUGGACUGGGCAGCAUUUGGGGUGAUGACACUUCCAUCCAUCGGAAUCCCUCUCUUGCUGUGGUACUCCAGCAAAAGAAAGUACGACACCCCAAAACCGAAAAAGAACUGAAGAAAAUCCAUGAAUGAAGAUCUCUGUCUGACCUACAUGAACAGCUGCCUACCAUGUGGGGUGUCUGCCUCGUUCCACUGAACUAUAAUCUGGAGACCCUCAUCCACCUCCUUGGACUGUUUCUCUGGGAUUAUGCAGCAGCCAAAGCUAAACCGAAAACCAAACCAUCAGUGUAUUGUCCUGGAAGCACUGGGCAGUCACUGUGAUCUCAAUAUCCUGAAACAGACUUUCUAAAAAGUGAACAAUACCAGAUUGGCAUUGUUCUAAAUGAUGGAGAGGGCAUUUUUUAACAUGCAUCUCUUACUGAAUUUGGAUAUGUGGAGGCAUUCUGCAUAUUUAUUUUAGCCCAGUAUCAACUAGCUGUGCAAAGUCCUAACAGUGCUGCUAUGACUUUCAGGCCACUUGAAAACGCAGCAAUCGAUUUCGACAUCAUUUUAGUCCCAACAUAUAAAUUCUCCUAAAAUGUAGGCUUUAUUUUUCCAUUUUCCUAAUUGAAUGAUUCUCCCGUCGCCCUGCGUUCAUGAGUAGUUUUUAUUUUUCUCCGUUAAGUUAGUGAUAUGAUCUCCAUUCAGACGUAUUGCCUCCUGUACAACUGCGUGGGUGAAUGGGCCAAAUAAAGGGACAGGUUUUCUAAUAAAAUCCAACUGGAACGAA